AAGAUCUGUCAAUGUAAGACUCCGCAAACUUACUACCGCAUGUUACCACAGGCUGGGGCAGAGAGGGAUUUAAACACAGCGCAUUCCCGACCCAUUUCACAACUCCUGUCAGGGCGCCUCACCUCAGCCCUGCGCGCUCCUGCAAUCCGGCGGGUGUUAAGAUCCAUGGAAGUGGCCGGCUUGUACGAGGAGGGCGGCUUCGCGAUCCACGGCAGAGACAGCAUCAUCGCUCCCAUCGGCGGCGGCUCGUACUGGAGGCUCGGUGACUCGAUGACGGAGCUUGGUGUGGAGGAGCGGGAGAGAGCCAUAGACUUCAGCGUGUACCUGGACUCAUCCGUGCAUUGCCAGCAGCAGCAGCAGCAGCAGCAGCAGCAGCAGGGGGACACUUUCUCAGACUUCCUCGGGGAUAGCAAGAUCAAAAGAGUCACGGCUCUACAAAACUACAAAAACUACUCUCUGCUGAACGAGCUGGAGGCGAGUCAGUGCGACAACCUGCGGGAGCCCUACGGACUGGCUUACACGGAGCUGCAGGAGACCCGGGUGGACAGCGUGCUGAGUCCGGACCUGGUGGUGAGCCGCUACAGAGCCGCCGCCACUCCCGUUGACAGAGAAGACAGCCAGGAAGACCCGAAAAUGGAAAACGGCUCGUCUGGCUUCGAUAUGAGGUCCUACCUGCAUUACCAGUCCACGAGUGGAAGUCUGGGGAAUAUUUCCACUGCGUCCUCGACCUGUUCUAGCCCGCCCGGCACACCUGCCCCGUCAGGUAAGAGCAGGUCGCCGUCGGACGGCGGCAAAUCGUCCGGCGGGAAAUCAAAGAAACGCCUGGACAAGGACAGCGAGGAGUACCGGCAGAGGCGGGAGAGGAACAACCUCGCCGUGAGGAAGAGCAGGGACAAAGCCAAGAUACGCAACUUGGAGACGCAACAGAAAGUGCUGGAGCUGGCGGUGGAGAACGACCGCUUACAGAAGCGUGUGGAGCAGCUGUCCAGAGAGUUGGCCACCCUGCGCAACCUGCUCUCUGCGACCGGACAGUGUUAGACACUUGGGCUGCUGUUCUGAUGGACUUUACAGAUCAACACCGUGCUGAAAAUAAAGGGUACUUCUCCCCCACUGGUUUACAAGGACACUUUGAAUGAGACUGAACAAAGUGCGUGCAUGGGUUGCGCAACCAUCCACGACUCUUCCUUCACAUGUCACCAUAGCUUUAUUCUCUGAUGUAAUUUUUGGUGAAUGCAGUAUUUCUGUGCUGGUUUUACAUCCAUUCCUAGUGAAUUUCUACAUUUUGUGUACACUGUGUCUGCAGCAAUGGCUGUCAGGGGAAGAGUUGUGCUGCAGUGAAAUGAUGCAACUCUUUGUAAUAGUAUUGGAAAUGAAUGAAAUAAGUCUAAUUAUUUAAUAUUAAAAGGUGAAAUGCUUUAAUUGUACUUGAUAUUUUAUUGAAUUAAACAGAUUUAUACUUUG